AUGAGAAAUCGCAGUCAGCAGCAAACAACAAAUAGAUUACAUAUGGAAACAUUGCAUGCUGAAGGAGAAUCACCAUUUGUGACCAGGGAAAGUGCAAGUGUCGUCGCAAUGGUGGAUCAGGAUGAUGUCGAUUAUACUAACUGUCCUGUUGAUGGUUGUGGUGAAAUGAUCUUAUUUGAUGAACUUGACAGUCAUAUCGAGAUGCAUGCAGAAGAAGAUGGCGAUAUGGAAAUAGAGACUCCUACAUCACGCACAUCUAGGAAGGAAGACAAAGGAAGUAAGGAUGCUGGUUUUGGUACGAAGCUCUCGCACGCACUUCGGAAUAUCGACGAUGGGCAUCAUUACGAAGUUCGAGAAAGUGAACCAUCGGCGCAAGUUUCGGCGAAGGCAUGGAGAGAUAUUUUGAAAAUGCCUGAUAUCUCGCUCAAAUCUCAGCCUAAGUCUCAGCCUAAAGCUCCUGCCAAGGGCCCUCGACAGUUAGGUGUAGGUUGUUCCUUUCUUCAAUAUUCCAUGUCACAUGAUGUUGACUUCAAUGAUGAACAGAAAUCCGAGCUUGGUCCUCAUGCACAUGAGAAGCAAAUGCCACAAUGGCUUGUGAAGUUAUUGCAAGCAGAUGGCCAGUACAAGACGAUUAACAGGCUUAAUGCGGAUGGACAAUUACGGAGGGUCAAAUAUUGCCCAAACCAAGCAGAGGGUAUCAUUCCCGUGCUCGCUCAGCUUCUCGAUCAAGAUAGUGCAACAAGUUAUGCUUACCUAUGCGAUCCGGCUGUUCUCCACGUUUCUAAACUUCUGAGAGAGGGGGGCUUCUGUGGCUAUAGAAAUAUUCAAAUGGUGUCUUCAUACAUUGUUAAGUCUCAGUUCCCAGGUCACGAUGUCUUCCGUGAUAAGGUUCCAACGAUUUUCGAUAUUCAAGAAUAUAUUGAGAACGCUUGGGAUGAAGGGUUUAAUUCCCAAGGUCGAACUGAAACUGGUGGAAUUCGUGGAACAAGGAAGUAUAUCGGAACCCCUGAUGCUCAAGCAAUGUUUUGCUCUCUAGGAAUACCAUGUGAUACCGUGGCCCUUAAAACCAAAAAGGAGAGGGGAGAAGCUCCAGCGGCUAAUCUUUUGUAUCAAAAAAUAGAGGAAUACUUCCUUGAGGGCUGUGUUGAUUUUGAAACCAAAGUCCGAGAGACCCCUCUUCCUCCAAUAUACUUUCAACAUCCAGGCCACUCCAUGACAAUCAUUGGAUUUGAGAAGCAAACUGAUGGCACUAAAAAUAUUCUGGUUUUCGACCCAAUGUUCCAUGAUGCAAGCAAAGUCGUUAAAUUCGUUGACGGACCUGUCCGUCACAAGCAUCCUGGUGAUUUAUUGAAAGCCUAUAGACGUGGUAAUAAAUACUUGAAGAGGUAUAAUGAAUUUGAACUUCUGAAAUUAGUACCACCACCGCAAAGAAAGCUGAAUUGA